GAAGGGAGGGGGGGGGGAAGAGGAGGGGGGAGGGGGGAAGGGGAAGGGGGAGGAGGGAAAGGGGGGGGGGAGGAGGGAAGAGGAGGGGGAGGGGGGAGGGAGGGGGAGGAGGGAAGAGGAGGGGGGGAGGGAGGGAGGGGAGGAAGAAAGGGGGGGGGGGAGGGAAGGGAGGGGGGAGGGGGAGGGGGGGGGGGGAGGGGGAAGGGGGGGGGGAGGAGGGAAGGGGAGGGGGAGAGGGAAGGGAAAGGGGGGGGGGAGGGGGGGGGAGGAGGGAAGGGGAGGGGGAGGAGGGAGGGGGGGGGGAGGAGGAAGGGGGGGGGGAGGAGGGAAGGGGGGGGGGGAGGAGGGAGAGGAGGGGGAGGGGGGAAGGGAGGGGGAGGAGGGAAGGGGAGGGGGGGGAGGGAAGGGAGGGGGAGGUGGGAGGGGGGGGGAAAGGGAAAAGGGGGGGGGAGGAGGGAGGGAGGGGGGGGGGAGGGGGGGGGGGGAGGGGGGGGGGAGGGAAAGGGGGGGGGGGAGGUGGGGGGGGGGGAGGAGGGGAGGGGGGGGGGGGGAGGAGGAGGGGUUGGGGGGGGGAGGGUGGGGGGGGGAGGAGGGGGAAAGGGGGGGGAGGGGGGGGUAAGGGAGGGGGGGGGGAGGGGGGGGGGGGAGGGGGAAGGGGGGGGGGGGGUGGGGGGGGGGGUGGGGGAGGGGUGGGGAGGGGGGGAAGGGGGGGGGGGAGGGGGGAGGGGGGGGGGGGGAGGGGUGGGGGGGGGGGAUGGGGGGGGGGGUGGGGGGGGAGGGAGGGGGGGGUGGGGGAAGGGGGGGGGAGGGGGUAAAGGGGGGGGGAGGUGGGGGGAGGGGGGAGGGGAAGGGGUGUGCCCACGUGCUGCCAGGUGUGGAGACGGAGCGGAGCACACGACUCGCACAAAAUACAAAUAA